ACGACAGAAGAAACAUCACCAUGCGGUUUGAACAGAAUUCCUUUCUGAUUUUCCUUAUUAUCUUUGCUUCAUUAGUUGGGUUAAUUUACCUCCAUUACACAUCUACAUGGUUCAGUCGGCCAGACAUUGCCACAACAACCCAGUGGUUGGCACCAAUCGUGUGGGAGGGUACAUUUGAUUUGACAGUGAUUGACAACAUCUACAAACCGAAGAACAUCACCGUGGCAACCACUGUCUUUGCUCUAGGGAAGUAUGUACGUUUCCUGAAGGACCUGCUGGAGUCAGCAGAGCAGCACUUCUUUGUGGGCUACCGAGUGCAUUAUUACCUGUUUACGGAUCUUCCAGAUGAGGUUCCCGUGGUAACCCUGGGGGAGGGUCAUCAGUUGACUGUCAUAAAAACUGCAAGCUCGAACCGCUGGCAGGAAAUCUCACUCGGUAGAAUGGAGAUGAUUGAGAAACUUAUUGAAAAGGAACUCAUUGGCAAGGCAGACUACAUAUUCAGCCUCGACGUUGACUCCAAAUUCUAUGCUCACUGGGGGGCGGAGUCUCUGGGAGAUCUAGUUGGUGCGCAGCAUGCCUGGUUUUUUGGUUAUCCUCGAGAACAGUUCACAUAUGAGCGGCGUCCUGAAUCUCAGGCCUACAUACCUUUAGAUGCAGGAGACUACUACUAUGGAGGUGCCGUGAUCGGAGGACGUCUCGAGAACGUGCACAAGCUGGUAAAGACGUGUCGCAUGAAGCUGGAAGAGGACCGAGCCAAUCAGAUCGAAGCGGCAUGGCAGGAAGAGUCACACCUGAACAGAUACUUCCUUUACAACAAGCCCACCAAGUUGCUUUCUCCUGAAUACCUGUGGGAUGACAAAAAAGGGAAACCCAGCUUUAUGAAGUUGGUUCGUUUCUCACAGGUGGUCAAAAAUAAUGCAGAGAUCCGACCCAACCCUUAAUAAACAACAUACUUUCUGUUGGAGAGCUUUUGUAUUCUGUUUUUUAGAGAAGAUAAAUGAUCUAAGGUCUCUAAUUCUGUUAAAAACAUCACCCAAGUUUCUGCACCAGGCCGCUGUACCACCUUAAGACUUUUGUCACCAAACAGCUUUCUACAUUACAGCAAUACCACACCUUUACAUUUAGACAAAGCCUAAUACAAUAAAAUAAAAUAUUUGCUUACCUUAAAUUAUUAG